AUGGCAUCGUGCGUUGACGAAACUAUAGCGAAUAUCAUCAAGGCACUCGACAAUAAAGGAAUGUUGAAGAACACUGUAAAUGUAUUCACAACAGACAAUGGCGCCGGAAGAUAUGGAAGCAAUUGGCCUCUGAGAGGGGGUAAAAAAUCGCACUGGGAAGGUGGAGUGCGAGCAGUCGGUUUUGUCUAUAGUGAUUUACUACCAAUGGUUGGAAAGGAACUGUCGGCACGUGGUGAUGUAUUGAUUGGUCUCGACCCGACAGAGAAAGCAGGGAAAAAAUAUCGAACUGGUCCUUUCAAAGAUGAUAAAUUUGACAUAACAAUUUAUGCAGCUAUAAAAAUGAGCAAAUGGAAGUUACUGGCCGGUAACAACGGACCCCGUAAUUCAUGGAAUAUGGCAGACCCAGUCGGGGGUCAAACACGAGAUUUGGAUUUCGACGAAACACGCAUGGUUCGGUUAUAUGACCUAGUGGAUGAUCCUUCUGAAAGAACUGAUGUGUCCGAGGAAAAACAAGAAAUAGUACACAAGAUGCUCGCUAAACUUGAUGAAUAUGCUAAAAAAGCUGUGCCACCGCAGAUGUAA